AUGGUGAACCUUCGAAUGGGAUCCCUAUUCGCGGGCGCUGCCUUGGCCCUGUUGGUAUUCGUGCAGCUCGUGGCUCUCGCACGACAGAACGAUCAGAUCCCCGAGGCCAGCUUCUCGCGGAGCUUUAAUCAGUGGAGAGGAAGAGGAAGUGCUGUGGCAGACGACAGCUUGUUUUUAGUCGGCGCAGGGAAGGCAGAUGUGACUGGUCCUGUGGUGGAAGUGGACUUUAAUGGCUAUGCGAGCCUGGAUCAGUUGGGCACAGGCCUACGGCAGAGAAUCUACUCGCGGGCUUUCAUCUUCGCGGAUCCUAAGAAGCCCGACGACACCUUUAUUUACCUCGUGCUGGACACCCUUGCAGGGGAUACAGCGGUGCGCCACGGAGUCUUGCAAGGGCUGGCUGCGCUCGGUGGAGAUUAUGCGCGCUAUGGCGAGCACAAUAUUGCGCUCACGGGCACGCACUCCCAUUCUGGCCCUGGUGCAUGGAUGAACUACCUUCUGCCGCAGAUCCCGACCAAGGGGUUCGACAAGCAGAGCUAUCAAGCCAUCGUCGAUGGCACAAUUCUUUCGAUCCAGCGCGCCCACGAGAAUCUGACGCCGGGGCGCUUGUCCUUUGGUCCGUUUUCGUAUGACCAUAACCCGGAAGAGGAAAAGGCUCGCUAUUCGGCUAAUGUGGACAAGACGCUGACUCUCCUGCGAUUCGAUCGUGCGUCAGAUAACAAGACCUCGGCGGUUUUGACCUGGUUCCCCGUCCAUGGCACUUCGAUGUAUAACAACAACACCCUAGUGACCGGCGACAAUAAAGGGGUGGCCGCAUAUCUCUUCGAGAGAAGUAUCACAGGGGACUCGAGAUUUGCUGACGAUGUUGUCAUCGGGUUCUCUCAAUCCAAUGUUGGCGAUACCAGCCCCAACAUCCUCGGUGCCUGGUGUGAAGACGGCUCUGACCAGAUGUGCACAUACUCGGAUAGUACCUGUGGCGGGUCGAACGAAGCUUGCCAUGGCCGCGGCCCCUUCUUCCGGGUCAAGGAUAAUGGUGCCAAAAGCUGUUUUGAAAUUGGGAAGCGGCAAUACUCCGCAGCUAAAUCGCUUUACGAGCAGAUGAGUACCAACGGAACUGCGCUCACUGGGAGUGCGGGGGUUCGCUCUUUCCAUGUGUAUCAUGAUUUGAAUGGGUACUCGUUCCAAUCCCCGUUCAACUCGAGCAUCCUGAAGACCUGCCCUGCGGCACUGGGCUACUCCUUUGCUGCUGGAACGACGGAUGGCCCGGGCGCAUUUGAUUUCACACAAAAUGCCACUGGCCCAUCGACGAACAAUCCUCUCUGGAAAGUAGCCCGGGGAGUGGUUCACGAGCCCUCAGAGGAACAGAGGGAAUGCCAAGGGGCCAAAGAUAUCUUGCUAGAUGUCGGGACUCUCACCGUACCGUACGCCUGGGCGCCUGAUAUUGUCGACAUCCAAGUCCUUCGCGUGGGCCAACUCUUUGUGAUUGUUUCAACCAGCGAGGCCACAACUAUGUCAGGGCGCCGCUGGAAGGAAGCUAUCUCCAAAGGAGUCCAAGAAAAACUCUCAAUUGCCGACCCACUGGUUGUGCUAGGCGCGCCCUCAAACAGCUAUGCGCACUACGUGGCGACCGAGGAAGAAUAUAAUGUGCAACGUUACGAAGGCGCAUCGACUCUUUUCGGGCCUAACACCCUUGCCGCCUAUAUUAAUUUGACGCUCACAUAUCUGCCAUAUCUAGGGAGCGCAAAGGAUGUCACCACUCUACCACCCAUACCAAGUGGACCGAGCCCGCCCGUGAAUACCAAUCACUCCCUCAGUUUCAUCACCGGGGUGAUAUAUGACGGGGCCCCGCUUGGGAUGUCAUAUGGGGACGUACUCGUUCAUCCAGCCAAUACCUCUUCCUUCGGGCCGGGUGACGUCGUGAACACUACCUUCGUGGGCGCCAACCCCAGAAACAACCUCCGCCAGGAAGCGACUUUCGCUGCGGUUGAAUGGAAGAACCCGAGUUCCGGUCACUGGGAGGUUGUUCGUACCGACCGCGACUGGAAUCUCCUUUUUUUGUGGGAACGCACCAACACGGUCCUUGGCUAUAGCGAGGUGACGAUCCAGUGGACCAUCGAAGACAGCUUCUACAGCGUAGACGACCCCACAACCCUCCAAGAUGGCACCUAUCGUUUGCAUUAUUACGGUGAUUCACGGGAAGCGACCGGGAAGAUUUCACCCUUCGAGGGCAUCGGGAGCUCCUUCACUGUGUCUUCUUCCUAA